AUGUUGACGGUCGAGAAGCAGUGGAUUAAUGUGCAGCAAAAGACCUUCACCAAAUGGCUGAAUGACAAGCUGAAGGCGCGGACCUUGUUCAUCGCGGACUUGGUCACUGAUCUAUCUGACGGCGUUAUCCUCAUUCAUCUACUCGAAAUCCUUGGUGGGGAAUCCCUCGGUCGAUAUGCAUUGAAACCGAAGCUGCGGGUGCAGAAAUUCGAGAAUGUCAACAAGAGUUUGGACUUUAUCAAAGGAAGGAGGAUUCAAAUGACGAACAUCGGAGCGGAGGAUAUCGUCGAUGGCAACCGUAAAAUCAUCCUGGGACUGAUCUGGACCCUCAUUCUCCGGUUCACAAUCAGCGACAUCAACGAGGAGGGCAUGACAGCAAAGGAGGGUCUGCUGCUAUGGUGUCAACGCAAGACGGCGUGCUAUGAUGAUGUGGAGGUUCGCGAUUUCUCGACCAGUUGGAACAACGGUCUGGCUUUCUGCGCUUUGCUCGAUAUCCACCGACCGGACUUGAUCGAUUACGAUUCUUUGGACAAGAGCGACCACCGUGGGAACAUGAAGCUUGCAUUCGACCUUGCGUCAAAUGAGAUCGGCAUCCCCGAUUUGCUCGAUGUGGAUGAUGUGUGUGAUGUGCCACGUCCCGAUGACCGUUCCUUGAUGACCUAUAUCGCUUACUGGUUCCAUGCCUUUUCACAACUGGAGAGAGUCGAAAAUGCCGGUCGCCGUGUCGAGAAGUUUGUGAACAAUAUGCAUGGUGCUUGGGACAUGCAAAGCGGGUACGAGCGUCGCAUGCGCGAGCUGCUCCGGCUGAUUCGUGCCCAGCGCGAUGAAUGGCAGAAUUCCUCAUUCGAGGGCACAUACAAAGACGUCAAAGAGCAGGCACAUCAGUUUUCGUUGUAUAAACGAAACGAGAAGCGACAGUGGGUUGCCGAAAAGUCGGAUCUGGCAGCCCUGCUGGGCAACAUCAAAACGAAGCUGGGAACCUACCGACUACGCCCCUACGAGCCACCGGCGGAAGUGAGCCUGGAGACUUGCGAUCAAGAAUGGGAGAGUCUGACACGGGAUGAGCAUCAGCGCAGCCAGCUUAUCAACGAGACAAUUCGCGAUAUCAAGAACGCUCUGCGCCGUUCUUUUGCCGAUAAGGCAAAUGAUUUUGCACUGACACUAAAGACCCUGUCAUUAGCCAUCUCCGGGUUGGAUGGGGAUGUUGAAGACCAGCUGGAGCAUGUCAAGAAACUGAACGACAACAUGCCGCCGCUCGAUGCUUUCCUCGAUACCAUCGCGGAACUUGACGAACAGUGUGCCGAGGCCAACAUUGAAGAGAACGAUUUCACCACCUUCACCCUGGACGAACUCUCCUACGAAUUGAGCCUGACGAAGUCCAGUAUCUCGAAGAAGCUGGCCUUCUUGGAGAACCAGAUGGUGGCCCGCAGCAUGACCAACUUGACCCCCAUUCAGCUGGAGGAGUUUGAGUCAGUCUUCCGCCACUUCGACCGGGACUCUUCCAAUACAUUGCAGGAACUGGAAUUCUCUGCAGCAUUGGCUAGUCUAGGUUUGGUCUAUGACGAGGAAGAGAUGCACCAGGUCUACGUGGAAGUGUGUGGGCCAAUUCGCCUUGCACAGAACGCCGGUGUCAGCUUCGAGCAGUUCAUUCGGUUCAUGGUUAGUGUAACCGAGGACCAAAAUACUGCGGAGCAAGUUUUCCAGAGUUUCAAGGAGGUUGCCGAUGGCAAGCCAUACGUCACUGAAAUGGAUCUCCGACACUCGCUGAUUCCCGAUGAAGUCAUUGAGCACUUGGUCAAGACUAUGCCUCAACAUGAAGGCCCUGAUAUGCUGGAAGACCGAGACCUGGCCAAGUUCGACUAUAUCAGUUUCAUGGAGAAGAUGAUUGAGGAAAACAAAAGGAAUGGAAAGCAGUGA